AUGAUCGAAACAAUACUUAGAGCAGAGGGAGAUAAACGCAAAGCCUAUGAACUUGACUGGUCAGAAAAAUGUUUUGUACUGAGAAAGAACCCUGUGACAGCAGCACGAAUGUUUGACCAAAGAUUUCAUUGCUUCUUGAAAGAGGUUAUCAUGUCUCCUGCAGAACCAAUUGGAAAGAUAAAAGAUUACUUCUAUCGUGUAGAAUUCCAGCACCGUGGUUCCCCACACACUCAUUGCCUUUUCUGGGUUGAGAAUGCGCCAAAGAUUGAUAAAGACACUGAUGAAGCAGUAAAAUCCUUCAUUGACAAAUACAUCACAUGUGAAAUGCCUUCAGUUGAGAUUGAUGAAGAAUUGUACAAUAUUGUCAACAGUGUGCAGAAACAUAGCGCAAGACAUUCAAAGACAUGUAAGAAAAAUGGCACAACCUGCAGGUUCAAUUUCCCUCGUCCACCAAGCAGUGAAACUUUCAUUUCACGACCAGGUGGUCAAGAUAUCAAUGACAAAAAUAAAGAUGAGCCAAACACCUUGGAACAAACGUGUGAAUCUGUCAAACUGAUGACCAACAUUGAUGCAAAAGCAAUUUUGAAACUGAUUUGGCAAGCACUAACAAAUGAUGAGCAAACAUUUGAGUCAGUCGAUGCAUUAUUCACUGCUGUCGGUAUUUCACAAGAUAUGUUUGAAAUAGCAUGUGCAACCCUAGCCACAAAAACAAAUGUUGUGUUGAAACGCAAGCCAAAUGAUGUAUGGGUCAAUCAGUACAAUGCAGAUCUCCUCAGAUGCUGGAACGCAAACAUGGACAUUCAGUAUGUAGUUGAUGCCUACUCUUGUGUUGUGUACAUUAUUUCGUAUAUCUCAAAGGCAGAAAGAGAAAUGGGAUUACUGUUGAAUCAAGCACAAAAGGAAGCAAAUAAGGAUAAUACUGAUGCAAAAUCUGCUCUGAAGAAAAUUGGUGCUGUAUACUUACACAAUCGAGAAGUGAGUGCUCAGGAAGCUGUGUUUCGAGUUUGCAAUUUGAGAUUGAAGGAAGGAUCACGUAAAGUACAGUUCAUACCAACCGUAGACCCUGUCAGAAUGAGUUUGCCUCUUGAAACUUUGAAAAACAAACAACAGAGUGGUGAACUAGAUGAAGAUGAAAUGUGGAUGACAAGCAUUGUUGAUCGAUACAAGAGCAGACCCAAAGGUUUUGAGUUCAAUAGCAUGUGUCUUGCUACUUUUUGCUCAGAAUACAGAGUGGUGUCAAAAUCUGAAGUAACAAGGGCGUCUGAUGAAAAACGGCAUAGUCCACUUGUAACAUUGCAAAAUGGCCUUGGUCAUGUGAAAAAACGCACUCGAACUGAUGCAGCAAUUAUCAGAUAUGCCAGAUUUUCUCGUACAAAGGAUCCUGAGAAAUACUAUCACAGUAUGCUGCAGCUAUUCUUGCCAUAUACAUUUGAUACUCAGUUAAAACCAGCCGCCUUCAAUUCAUAUGAAGAAUUUUAUCAAACUGGUGCUGUCCAGAUUGCAAACUGUCCUGUAGAAACUGUGAAAGACAUUGUUGACAGAAACAAAGCCAUGUUUGAGCAGGAUGCCGAAGUCAUUGAUGACGCAAAGGAAUUGUUUGAACAAUCUGGUCAAUUGGAAGAUGCUUGGGCUCAAAUUUGUCCAGAGACUGAAUCUGAAAGACUAGAAUGUGAAGAUGCACAUACAUGUAUGUCCGAUGAGGAAACAGAAUCUGUUAGAAACAUGCCUGAUUUGCUCCAGACUGAUAAAACACUAUCUAAAACAGAGUUACUUCAGAGUACAGUGUCAAGACAAGAAGCAGAAACUAUUCUGAGAUCAAUGAAUGAGGAACAAGCUGAUGUUUUCUACAAAAUAAGACAAUGGUGUUUGGAUAAAAAGAAUGGCAAAAAUCCUGAUGCAUUUAAGCUAUUUCUGACUGGUGGAGCUGGUACUGGAAAAAGCCAUUUGAUCAAGGCAAUUUGCUAUGAAUCUACACGACUUCUAGCCCCCAUCCAAAGCAAUCCAGAUGAUAUGUCCGUACUUUUGGUAGCUCCAACUGGUGUUGCAGCAUUUAACAUUAAUGCAUCCACAAUACACAGUGCACUCUCAAUUGGAAUUGAUGCAAAACUGCCAUACCAGCCACUUGGUGAGGAAAAGGUCAAUAGCCUUCGAUCAAAGUUGCAAAGUAUUCACAUACUUAUCAUCGAUGAAAUAUCAAUGGUUGAUCACAAGCUGUUAUCAUACAUUCAUGGUAGACUGAGACAGAUCAAACAAACUUCUGAUUAUUCACCAUUUGGAAAUGUAUCUGUAAUUGCUGUUGGAGACUUUUAUCAGUUACCACCCGUUAAGGGUAGACCUUUAUAUGUUGGCACAAAUGGAUAUGACCUGUGGAAUGACAAUUUCACUGUCACAGAAUUGACCACGAUCAUGAGACAAAAAGACCCUGCAUUUGCACAACUUCUGAAUCGGUUACGAACACGAAAAAGAUCACAGCCUCUUGAAACAAGUGAUAUCAAUAUGCUGAAGCGACAAGAAACUGGUGAAGACGAUGCCGAUUGCAUUCACAUUUUUGCGACAAACGCUCAGGUUGAUGAAUUCAAUGUCACUGCCCUUCAUUCUAAAUGUACAGAUCCAAUUUCCAUUCAAGCACAAGAUUUCUCAAGAAACCUAAAAACAGGAAAACUGGAAAAGAGAGAAAACCCUCAUGUGAAAGUUUAUAACUCAGUCUUACAAAAAAGUCUAUUUGUAGCAAUUGGUGCUCGUGUGAUGAUCACAAAAAAUAUUGAUACAUCAGAUGGUCUUGUGAAUGGAGUCUUUGGAACUAUUAGCCACAUAUCUUUGACUGAUGGUGAAGCAUUUCCUUCAAGAAUAUAUGUUGUGUUUGACAAUGAUAAAGUUAGUCACAAAUUACGAAACCUGAAAGAGACUGCAUCUGCAUUACAAACAAACAGUACUCCUAUCGCACCACUUGAAGAAACUGUUUCAAACAAUGGAGGCAUUAGACGACAAUUUCCACUCAAACUAGCCUGGGCUUGCACUAUACACAAAGUACAAGGGAUAACAGUGAACAAAGCUGUCGUUUCAUUGGGCAAGAUCUUUGCAGCAGGACAAGCUUAUGUUGCAUUAAGUCGAGUAUCCUCUCUUGGAGGUCUUAUCAUUGAGAAUUUCAAAGAGUCGGUCAUAUACUGCAGUGAAAAAGUCGAGGCAGCAGUGUCUAGUAUGCCAAAGUUUAUGAAUGCAAAUCAGAAACUACAUGAUGGUCAUGCUACAUGUACAUUCAUUAUGCAAAACAUUGAGGGCCUUCAAUCACAUAUUCAAGAUUUGCAGAAUGACCUGUACGACUUGACGAUUACAAUUAUGCCCCGCAUCAACAAAGUUGGCGAGGGAUAUUGUAAUGGAUUCCGUCUGUCCGGUCGAUCUGAAUUGGAACUGAUUGGUUUCUUCUUCAACAUGUUCAAUGAAUGGUAA